AUGUUCCAACACCGCCUCGUAGUUCGCUACACACAACUCUCUCGAGUGGUCUCCCGCCGUCACAUUUAUCCCAGCGAACACCAACCAAUUUGCAUACGCCCAAGUUCUCCUCUCGCCAAUCCUCGCGGCUACGAGAUCGCAGGUCGACGCUGGCACCUUGUCCCCGGCCCCGUUUCCCGCACAAUCCCGGACCAAAUGUCCAGUCUCAUUACACCGGUAGCAGCGAACAGCUGUCAGUCGCCUCCUGCAGUUCCUCGCAAUGUGGCCCUGGCCACCGCACCUAUAACAUACGACCCCACUACGGGGGCUGGGCCCCUGAAACGGUCUAUCAUCACUCGGCGUGGACUGUGCAGCGGCGACUACCGGUUCUCUCACCUCAGAGCUGACGGGAACGGGUUGGCCCGGCACCGCCUACUUCCGGAAACACUCCUCAGCUUAACGACAGCUACAAUCCAGCUACAACAACUCCACAGAUCUUUGCACUCAAAUGUUCCAACACCGCCUCGUAGUUCGCUACACACAACUCUCUCGAGUGGUCUCCCGCCGUCACAUUUAUCCCAGCGAACACCAACCAAUUUGCAUACGCCCAAGUUCUCCUCUCGCCAAUCCUCGCGGCUACGAGAUCGCGUUUCCAUAAGUUCGACUCACCGUAAUGGUGGUGUUUCUUUCUUCGGACCAAUUACUGCCCUACACGCCAGACACAAACGAACCCUCUUAUGCCGAGAACUGAGACUUUAUUUUUCUCUGUUUAUUUGUCUUUCUCUCUUUUCCAUCCGUCUUUCUUUCUCUUUCUUUCUCUCUUUUCCUCCUUUCUUUCUUUCCUUCUUUCUUUCUUUCUUUCUUUCAUUCUCUUUUUUCCUCAUUUCUUUCUUUCUUUCUUUUCUACAAUAUUUUACAUUUGAAUGA